CAGAUGUCAAUUGAACGACUUUUUUUUUCUUAUUAUUUACUUUAAUUUUCAGCAACGAAACGCAAAUAUAUAAACUUAAAUAUAUAUAGAAAAAGUGCAAAAUAUUGUGAAGUGUUUAAUUAUUAUUGUGAAGAAAGUUAUAUAAAAUAGAAUUCCUAAGAUGGGAGACAAUCAGGAAAAGGCUUUGCAGCUGAUGGCCGAGGCUGAGAAAAAGCUGACUCAACAAAAGGGUUUCUUCAGUGCACUAUUUGGUGGUUCCAACAAAUUGGAAGAAGCUAUUGAACAUUACCAACGCGCUGGUAAUAUGUUUAAAAUGUCCAAAAACUGGACUAAAGCUGGCGAAUGUUUUUGUGAAGCUGCAAAUUUACACGCCCGCAAUGGUAGUCGUCAUGAUGCUGGAAUCGGCUAUGCCGAUGCCUCAAAUUGUUAUAAGAAGGUUGAUGUUGAAAAGGCUGUCGAAUGUUUAUUAAAAUCUAUAGAUAUUUACACCGACAUGGGACGUUUUACCAUGGCGGCCAAAUAUCACCAAAGCAUAGCCGAAAUGUAUGAAAGUGAUCCAAAUACUUUAACAAAAACCAUACAACAUUAUGAACAAGCAGCCGACUAUUUCAAAGGCGAAGAGUCCGUUAGCUCUGCUAAUAAAUGUAUGCUGAAAGUAGCCCAAUAUGCUGCACAAAUGGAAGAUUAUGAAAAGGCCAUAUCGAUUUAUGAACAGGUGGCUGCCACUUCAUUGGAAAGUUCUUUGCUCAAAUACAGCGCCAAAGAAUAUUUCUUUAGGGCCGCUUUAUGUCAUUUAAGUAUUGAUUUACUAAAUGCCCAACAUGCUAUAGAGAAAUACUCCAAUCAAUAUCCAGCAUUCCAAGACUCUAGAGAAUAUAAAUUAAUUAAGGUUCUUUGUGAACACUUGGAAGAUCAAAAUGUGGAUGGUUUCACUGAGGCUGUUAAAAACUAUGACAGCAUUUCACGCCUAGACCAAUGGUAUACCACUAUAUUGUUGCGCAUCAAGAAGGCUUGUGAUGAAGAUCCCGAUCUGCGAUAAAAUUAUUAAAUGCUAAGAAUGUUUUUAGACUCCUCCUCUUUAACACUAUUAUACAUGAUUAUUUAUCUACACCGUUUAUUUUGUUUGUUGUGUUUUUUUUUUGUAUACAAGAGAAAAAAAUUUAUUAAUAAUAAUUAUAUACAUUUAUAAUAGUAAUAAAUAAAAAAAACUGGGAUCAGCUGGUCUUGAUUUAGUUGUAAAAUACUAGUGUCCAAAACCACAAAAAAAGAA